CAAGUCAGACCAGUUAGCCAGUCUUAGUAAAAUUCACUAAGUUAGCACUGCUGAUUUAUUUUGUUUAGUUCAUCAAACAGUGUCGACAGAGGAAGUUUAACAGAAGGAUGACUGGGGGGAUCAGGUGUGUCGUGUUUGUGGUCCUGACCUUUCUGCGGAGUCUCGCAAGAGGAGAUGCUGAGGUGUCCUGUGUUUUCAUGCAAAGCUGCAUCUUACCGUGCAGCUUCCAGGGUGGCGCUGAUGUGGUCAUCCACUGGAUACAGGUGACAACAGGAGACACUACUGUCCACUCUUACUACCACAACGAAGACCAACUCACACACCAGGGCCAGAACUUCGGAGGCAGGACAUCGCUGUUCAAGGACCAGAUCUCCAGAGGAAACGCCUCGCUCCAGCUGACAGGGGUGCAGGUUCAGGACCAGGGCAGAUACAAGUGCUACACCAGCACCAUCAGAGGAAACAACGAGUUAUUUAUCAACCUUAAAGUGGACGAUGCAGCUCCAGUGAACCCAACAUCAGCCCUCCCUACUCCUACCCAACACACAGAUGAAGAAGACAAAGACCCUCCAGCUGAAGGACAAAUGCAGGACAACAUAUUAACUGCAGUCGUUGUCGUCGCAGUCAUUGUGGUUUUAGCAGUCGGAGGGCUGGCAGCAAUCUGUAUAUACAAGAAAACCAAUGUGUGUAAAAAAGGCAGAGAGACCACAGAUCAGACAGGAACAAGUAACCAACCUGAAUCGCAAGAGCUGACUCAGAAAAAUGGAAUACACCUCUCCACAGAGGACUGAAGGAUAAAAAAGAAACAAGACCUUCAGUUCUGAAACAAGACCUUUGGCAAACAUUUUAUCCAAACUGAGGACGAGGACACGUUGCUCUGAGACUGUGAGGCUCUGCACUACAAAAUGCUUUGCAGGGAUGUUUUAUGAGACUCUGGCUGAUGAAGUUCAGCAUGCUGUUCCUGCUCUACUGUUGGACUGGAGCAGAGGCUGCUCUGGUUUGUCUAUAAAAAGCACAAGUCAGAUAAGUAGGAGACAAACUUAUCAUGUUCAAAAAGGCUAAAACAGGAUUUUAUACAAUCCAUCCAUCCAUCGUCAACCGCUUAUCCUGUGUACGGGGUCGCGGGGGCGAGUCAAUCCGAGCUGGCAUCGGUCAAAAGGCGGGGUACACCCUGGACAGGUCGCCAGUCCAUCAGGGCCACACAUAGACAAACAACCACUCUCGCUCACACCUAAGGACAAUUUUAGGGUCACCAAUUAACCUAGCCUGCAUGUCUUUGGACGGUGGGAGGAAGCCGGAGCACCCGGAGAGAACCCACGCAGACACGGGAAGAACAUGCAAACUCCACACAGAAAGGCCGGGGCAACCGGGGUUUGAACCCACAACCUUCUUGCUUUGUGGGCGUGUUGGAGUAGAUUGGCGAGCGUUAUAUGAGGUGCAUAUUUCAUCCCUGUGACGUCACAGGGAUGAAAGGGAAGCGGCUGGACUGCAAAUGAACUGUUUUCAGGCAGUUCAGAGCAGAGUUUCUCUGUGGGAGAUGGGAACUCCCUUUGGGCUUUUUCACUUUGCAAACCUAUUACAUGCACAACAAAUAUAUAUAACUCAAUAAAUGAGAGGGAAAAGCCAAAAAGCAGAAUACCACCUCUUUAAAUAAAAGUUGCAGAACAUGUAACUACUUUUCUUUCCUGCAGACUUAUUCUGUCAAAAAUGAAGGAAGACGCCUUAAUUAAAAGUUGUAUUUUGUUUAUUAUUAUAUGUACGAAGAGUUUUGUUUUUCAAAUUUUUAGUAAUGAACAGUUAAUGUUUUAUUUUUAUGAACAUUUUGUUGUAAACUUUUGUUCUUUGUUUUACUUGUAUAAAAAUCUGUUUUGAAUUAUUUGUCCCGGUUUGAAUGAUUAAAUGGUAAAGAUCAUGUUGUUGGUGUUGAGUGCAAACCUCAUAUCUCCACAUGGAUCUUAGAUGAGGGCAGCAGAUUACUGGUUUCAUCCAUGAGGAAUUUAAAUGGUUUCAUUUGUGCUGGAAAGAACAAACAAGUUUAUCAAACCACAAACUAUUUAAUCUGUCAGAUGAAGUAAAAACUGGAGUUACAAGGUCUUCACACAUUAACUGAUAAUGUAAGAACGCCCCAUAGUGACAAAGUAAAUCUAACUUUCACUCUGAAUGCAUGUUGUUGGGAAGGUUACUGUGGAAAUGUAAUAGGUUACAGACAGGGAUGUACUGGGAUGAAAUUCAGCCUGGGACUUUGAGACGGAGAGGCCUUUUAUGCAAGCGCCCUUUUGGGGGAGGGCAUAAAUAUUUUUUGCAGUUAUUUUAAUACGUGUUAGUGUUGUUGUUGUUGUAUACAGUAAUUCAGAUUAUGCUGAAGACCUUCAAUAAACUUCAGGAUGACA